AUGUCUCUCGGCGCGAGCGGCUCCGCGCGCCCGACGGCCAAGCGCUCGCCGUCGAUCCUCGUCACGGACUCGCGCACAAAUGUCAUCCGUGGCACCAGGGCACCCUUUGCCGGCCAGAACUACCGCAAGCAGCAGCAACAGCAGCAAAAACAGCAGCAGCAGGAACAGGAACAACAACCAAAACACCCGCCGCCCGGCCCCCAGCAGCCGCGCCCGUCGCGCGGCCCGCACGGCCUCCAGCGGCGGCUUGCGGCGCGGGCCAACAAGUACACGGACAUCUCCGUCGACAAGCUCCUCAGCAACCUGAGCGACAUUCCGUCCGGGCAGAGCAGGCUCCCCCUGGCCGGCACGCCCAGCAACCCGCUCGCGCCGGCGCAGCGCAGCAUGUCGCCGCCCGUGGCCGUGCCGGCAUUGGCCGCGGAGCAGCAGCGACGGCGCAACGUGCUCGCGCAGCACCUCCCGGCGCGCACGUCCAAGAACUCGCAGCGGCUCGUGUUGAUCCCGGACGACGCGGGCCGCGGCGACGGCGCGAGCGGGCUGCUGGGCGCGCCGGAUCCCCGGCCCGCGCUCCUCCAGGGCCAGCUGCAGCGCAGCCGGGCGGAGCUCAUGGCCAAGGAAACCCGCGCCAAGGAGUUCAGCAGGGUCACGGCCUACUACAUCUGCGAGGAGUUCAGCCUCGCGGCGCUCAUGGCGUUCGUGGAGAAGAACCACAACGUGGCGCCGCGCAUGUACGACGAGGCGCUCUACGUGCCCUACACGCUCCCGCUUCUCCCCGGCACGGAUGGGCUGCGCGUCAGGUCCAACGACUCGGCCAAGGCGCUCCCCAACAAGCGGUACAUGGAGAAGAUGAUCGCCAAGUCCGAGCAGACCGACCACCUCUACGAGUACUACUCGGGCGUGGAGACCCCCGAGGACGCCAACAACUACUCCAUGGACCCCGAGACCAGCGGCUCCGACAACAGCGGGCCCUUCGACCCCUCGGAGCCGCAGUUCUUUGCGCCGCCGCUCGACGUGGCCGCCAGCGCACCCGCGGGCUCGGCCCCGCCGGACCUGCCGGGCCUGCAGUCGGGCCUCCCGCCGGGGCAGCAGGCGGGCUGCAGCGUGCCGCCGCCGCCGCCGCUCCUGGGCAAGCCCCGCAGCAGCAAGGACGGCAAGCCGGGCGCCGAGGACCAUGCCGAGCUCCUCAAGUACCAUGCGGAGAUGUUCGUGUUGCAGUACGGCAUCGUCGUGUUCUGGAACCUCUCCGAGACCCACGAGAAGAACAUCCUCGCCGACCUCGCCUUCGCCAGCGAGGUGCCCGAGCCCAUCCUCAUCAACCCAAUCAGCGAGCAGGACAUCGAGACCGAGGAGUUCCACUUCGACUACGACCCCCAGUUGCACCGGCCGCGCAUCUUCAACGACAUGAUCACCUUGCGCAGCGGCGACCACUUGAUCAAGUUGACCAUGUCCCAUGCGAUCGCGCAGCUGACCAAGUUGGGGCUUUUCGAGAGCAGGAUGGUCCACAGCCUCCUGCUGAUCUCCAAGUUGCCCAAGAAGUUGGCCUUGACCGGGCGCCUCGGCCUCAAGCGGCAGCAGCUCCUCAAGAAGUCCGGCAAGUUGUUCAAGUUGCGGGUCGACGUCAACCUCCUGAGCUCCAUCUUGGACACGCCCGAGUUUUUCUGGUCGAUGGAGCCGGCCUUGCACCCUCUCUACAACGCGUUGAGGGAAUACCUCGAGAUUGAGCAGCGGGUCCAGGUCCUCAACGACAGGUGCAAGGUGUUCUUGGAGUUCCUGAACAUCGUCAGCGACAGCAUCAACGAGUCCAGCACGACCAGGAUCACCAUGAUGAUCAUCGUCAUCAUAUUCAUCAGCCUCGGCGUCAGCAUCUUCGAGUUCUUCUUAGACGUCAUCUAGGUCGGGUAUACUGGUUAUACUCGCCGCUCAUAUCAGCAUUACACUCGCCGGUAGCAUGGCCGGUAGCAUCGCAUACACCGGUAACAUCCCAUAUACCCGUAGCAUCACAUACACCGGUAACAUCCCAUAUACGGUAGCAUCAAUAUACACUGAUAGUAUAUACAUACACCGGUAGCAUC